AGCAACCAUUGAGCAGCACCAACCUCUGUGGCAGAUCGAGACAGGUCAGCCCGAGAUCCGUUCAGUUACAGUUUACACAGUACGACAUCGGACUAGGCUUCUCCACCGCCCGGUGUCCUCAGGCCCCAUCCUCAGGCCCCGCACCCGCAUGCUCUGAUUCGUUCCGUUCUUUGCUCUGCGCCAGGAAAUUUAAUUGCCCGCAUUCGCACAACGACCCCUCCUCCCCCUCCUGCUCUCUAUCGCCGUUUGAGUCACCGGUGUCAAGAUACUUAUCCGUCGACUCGUGGCGCGAUCGGCGCCCUGGAGAUUUCCCCCUCCUCCCCCUCCCUUAUAUCGUCCGUUUUCCAGAAUGGCCCAGCCCUCUGCUCCCCAAAACCCGACUGGUGAGCCCAAGGCUCCCGUCGAUGUCCCUGCCCAGGCCGAUGACCAGUUGCGGAACCAGGAUGCCAAUGCUGUCACCCAGCCCGCCGAGGGCCAGAAGGUGAAGAGCGAGAAGGAACUGGAGCGUGAGCGUCGCAAGGCCGAAAAGGCAAAGAAGUUCGCCGAGAAGCAGGCCAAGCAGGCCGCUGCUGCUAAGACCGCCGCCCCCAAGACCGAGAAGAAACCCAAGGUCGAGAAGGAAAAGACAACCGAUGCCUACGACCCCAAGGUCAUCGAGGCUGGUCGCUAUGAAUGGUGGGAGGAGCGCGGCCUGUUCUUGCCCGAGUUCGGCCCCGAUGGCAAGGUCAAGCCUGAAGGCUACUUUGUCAUUCCCAUCCCUCCUCCCAACGUUACGGGAGCUCUGCACAUGGGUCACGCCCUCACCAACGCCCUCCAAGAUACCAUGAUCCGUUGGCAGCGCAUGAAGGGCAAGACCACCCUGUGGCUGCCCGGUAUGGACCACGCCGGUAUCUCCACCCAGAGUGUGGUGGAGAAGAUGCUCUGGAAGAUGGAGAAGAAGACCCGCCACGACCUGGGCCGUGAGGCGCUUGUCAACCGCGUGUGGGCUUGGAAGAAGGAGUACCAUGCCAACAUCAAGAAUGCCUUGCGCCGCGUGGGUGGUUCCUUCGACUGGACCCGUGAGGCCUUCACCAUGGACCCCAACUUGUCGGCUGCCGUGACCGAGACUUUCGUCCGCCUCCACGAGGAGGGCAUCAUCUACCGUGCCAACCGCCUGGUCAACUGGUGUGUGGCCUUGAACACCUCUCUGUCUAACCUGGAGGUCGAGAACAAGGAGGUUGAGGGACGUACCCUCCUCGACGUGCCCGGCUACGAACGCAAGGUCGAGUUCGGUGUGCUGACCCACUUCUGCUACGAAAUCGAUGGCACCACGGAGCGCAUUGAGAUCGCCACCACUCGUCCGGAGACCAUGAUCGGUGACAGUGGUAUCGCCGUCCACCCCGACGACCAGCGCUACAAGCACCUGAUCGGCAAGUUUGCCCGCCACCCCUUCGUCGACCGCCUGAUGCCCAUUGUCGCCGACAAGGACGUCGACCCCGAGUUCGGUACCGGUGCGGUCAAGAUCACCCCGGCCCACGAUUUCAACGAUUUCAACCGCGGAAAGGCCCACAACCUCGAGUUCAUCUCUGUGCUGAACGACGACGGUACCUUCAACAGCAAGGGCGGUCCCUUUGCUGGCAUGAAGCGCUUCGACGCCCGUUACAAGGUCAUUGAGCUCCUGAAGGAGAAGGGCCUGUACGUCAAGUGGGAGCACAACCCCAUGAAGAUCCCCCGCUGCGUCAAGUCCAACGACGUGAUCGAGCCCAUUCUCAAGCCCCAGUGGUGGAUGAAGAUGGAGAGCCUUGCCAAGCCGGCUAUUGAGGCCGUGGAGAAGGGCGACAUUGUGAUCAAGCCCGAGUCGGCUGAGAAGAGCUACUUCCGCUGGAUGACGAACAUCAACGACUGGUGUCUGUCCCGUCAGCUGUGGUGGGGUCACCAGGCUCCCGCCUACUUCGUCAAGAUUGACGGCGAAGACGGCGAUGACAGCGAUGGCAACCUCUGGGUUACUGGCCACACGGAGGAGGCCGCCCGGGAGAAGGCCGAGGCCAAGUUCCCUGGCAAGAAGUUCACCCUGAUCCGCGAUCCGGAUGUCCUGGACACCUGGUUCUCUUCUGGCCUGUGGCCCUUCUCUACCCUGGGCUGGCCCCGUCAGACCCACGACCUGGAGAACCUGUACCCCACCUCCGUUUUGGAGACUGGUUGGGAUAUCCUGUUCUUCUGGGUUGCCCGCAUGAUCAUGCUGGGUCUCAAGAUGACCGGCAAGGUGCCUUUCACGGAGGUGUACUGUCACUCUCUGAUUCGUGAUUCCGAGGGUCGCAAGAUGUCCAAGUCUUUGGGUAACGUCAUUGACCCGCUGGACGUCAUGGAGGGCAUUGAGCUCCAGGACCUGCACGCCAAGCUGCUGGUUGGUAACCUGGCCGAGAAGGAGGUUGCUGCUGCGACCAAGUACCAGAAGAAGGCCUUCCCCAAGGGUAUCCCCGAAUGCGGUGCUGAUGCUCUGCGCUUUUCUCUGGUUUCUUACACUACUGGCGGUGGCGAUAUCGCGUUCGACAUCCAGGUCAUCCACGGUUACCGCCGUUUCUGUAACAAGAUCUACCAGGCCACCAAGUUCACCCUGGAGCAGCGUGAAUUCUCCCAGUCGGCCCAGAUCGUCUACCAGUACUGGUACGGCCAGCUUUGCGACGUCUUCAUCGAGAACUCCAAGUUCCUCCUGGCUCCGGAGGUGUCCGCUGAGGCCCAGCAGUCCGCCAAGGAGACUCUCUACACCGCACUGGAGGGCGCUCUCACCCUCAUCCACCCGAUGAUGCCUUUCGUCACUGAGCACUUGUGGCAGCGUCUGCCCCGCCGCGAGGGCGACGCCACGAUCUCGAUCAUGAAGGCCAAGUACCCUGAGUACACGGCCGAGUUCGACGACGUCGAGGCCGAGACCGCCUACGAGCUGAUCCUCAACACCUCCAAGGCCGUCCGGUCGAUCCUCGCCCAGUACGAGAUCAAGACCAAGGGUGACAUUGUCAUCCAGACCUACGACGCCGUCAGCCACAAGACCGUGUCCGAGGAGCUCACCAGCAUCAAGUCUCUUGGUGGUAAGACCCUGGGUGACCUCAGCGUGCUGGGUCCCGAGAACACUGUUCCUCCCUCGGGCUGCGUGGUGGCUCCGGUCAGCUCGCAGGCGGCUGUCUACCUCCGCGUGUCCAAGGAGGUUGCUCUUGAGCAGGAGGGCAAGGCUAAGGCCAGUCUGGAGAAGGCGCGUGAGACCGUGCGUCGCCAGCAGACGCUGAUCACCAGCGCUGGCUGGGAGAAGGCGAAGCCGGAGGUUCGUGAGGCGGAGCAGAAGAAGCUCGUGGACGCCGAGAGCGAGGCGGCUCGGUUGGAGGAGCAGAUCCGGGAGAAACCCAAGAACGCGCGCACCGCGCGAAUCCUCAAAGCGAAAGAGCCGCAACUGAUCGAGCCCCCGAAACGCACACUGCUGCUGCACGGGUCGAAAUGCCCACAAGCAUUGCACACGGUGUUGAAAACGUUCCACUCGCUGACGCGCCCACACUCGAUCCUAUUCCACAAGAAGAACGAGAAUAUCCGGCCGUUUGAGAAUGUGGAGAGUUUGGAGUUCCUGGCGGAGAAGAACGAGGCCGGGUUGGUGGUGUUUGGGAGUAGUAAUAAGAAACGCCCGAAUUGUGUGACGCUGGCACGGGUGUUUAAUACCAAGGUGUUGGAUAUGUGUGAGUUGUUGUUGUUGGCGAGGGAGGGGCAGGAGGGAGAGGAGCAGGGGAUGGGGGGGUUGCAGAUUGGGGUUGGGUUGCGGCCGAUGUUGCUGUUUGCGGGGAGUGCGUGGGAGGAUGAGACGUCGACGGCGCAUGUGAUGCUGAAGAGUAUGUUUGUGGAUAUGUUUAAGGGGGAGACGAGUGAUAAGAUUGAUGUGGAGGGGUUGCAGUAUGUGUUGAUGAUUGGGGCGGAGGAGGCGACGGAGGGAUUGGCGCCGGUGAUUCAUCUGCGGUGGUAUAAGUUGCGGACAAAGCGCAGUGGGCAUAAGUUGCCGCGGGUGGAGUUGGAUGAGAUUGGUCCGAAGUUUGAUUUCAAGGUGGGACGGGUGCAGGAGGCGCCUAAGGAGGUCUUGAAGGAGGCCAUGAAGCAGGGCAAGCGGCCGAAUGAGGAGAUCAAGCUCAAGAAGAAUAUUGGGCUGGAUUCGAUCGGUGAUAAGAUCGGUCGUGUGCAUCUGGGUAAGCAGGAUCUGGGUGGUCUGCAGACUCGCAAGAUGAAGGGAUUGAAGCGUCGGGCGGGUGUGGAGUCGGAUGAGGAGGAGGAUGCCGAGAUGAUGGAUGUGGAUGAGAUCUCGGAGGAUGAGGGACGCAAGCGGACCAAGAUGGCCUGAGGGUGAUGCUGUAUGUUUCUUCUCUUGUCUACCUAUCUAUCUUCGCGCACGAGGCGUUUCGGGGGAUUGGAUUUGCUUGACAUGGUCGAGGCGGUACUUGACCGUUUGUAUACGUUGUAAAAGUCUUCUCUUAUCUCACUAAAUCAUAUCUCUAUAUUCAUC